CCACGCUGCGCACACUUCUGUGCAGACUUUUGUGUGCUGAUUCGAAAACGAGAAGAAGAGAACGCGGCGACGUAUCACUUGAAUACGAAGAAGAGAUGGCGUCAUCUAGCCAAGGUGGAAACAGAGGAGGGGAGGGUUCCAGGAGGGGAGUCCAAACCUAUUACAGCUGUAAGUUGUCGGGCCAUUAUGCAAGAGAUUGCGGCCAGUAUUGGAAGGAAAAGUUCGAGGCGCAAGGAGGAAGAGCAUCGGAAGACCAGUCUUCGGAUGCAAGGGUGCAGCAAUAUCGAGGAAGAUCCUCUUCACCUGUACGACGCAGAUGGGAGCCGGCCCAGCGAUCUCCUUCGACCGACUCUCGGAGAAACGAUCGGAGGGAAAGGCGUGAUGAUGUGAGCGAACUGGUGGGCCUUUUAAUGGUCGAACGCGAAGAGAAGCAAAGUAGGGAGAAGGAAGAACAGGAGCGAGCGCGUAUGGAGAAGCAGAAACGGGGGAAGGAAGCUAAGCGGAGAAAGAAAGAGGAGAGGAAGCGAAUAGAGCAAAAGGAAAACGAAGAGAGACUGGCCAGGAUAGUGGAUAUCCAGUUCUCGAAGCGAUGGGGAGGGGCGAGAGAGGACCGUGGCGCGAACAGCUCACCGGAAUACAAAAAAUGUCGAAGAAGGUUACGACGAGCUAAUCGGAGAGCGAAGCAUGGGCGGAGAUGUACUCAUAGCGAAUCGGACAAUGAAGAGGAGAUUGCAGCUAUUAGGGGAAGGACCGAGGAACUUACCUUGACGGACAAACGCAAGCGUGCUACUACAACCGAAGAAGAUUCGUCACUAUCGAGCCUUGCUAAUACCCCACUUCAGCGCAGUAGGAGAGGGCUUCCGCCACGAACGGCUAGGUCCGCAAAGAAGAUGAAGACCAUCCUCCAACCUAUUACGUUGAAACGACUCCGCGAGAAGGGGGAUCCGGGAGUCAAAGGGGCGGCAGCAAAAGUGGGAGCAGGAGCUAGGCAGCAGUUUGUCAACGAAACCAUACGACACUUGGAUAACCUGGACUAUCGUCAAGUGCAGAAGAUGUGCAAGCAUGCGGGAGUACCGUAUAUUCGAAAAGGACAAGUUGUGGCGGCACUAGCAGAAGAACGCGCAAGAGUGGCGUACGAAGUGUCGCAUGUGGGAAGUGUCGAGAAUCCCAGAGGGCAUGCACAACGUGUUGUCACAAAGAACGAGCAGACAUCAAGAAGAGUAGACCGAUGGAUGGCGUGCACUAACCAACCAUUCAACAUGGUUGAGAACGAGUUCUUCCUCGACAUGGUUAACACCAUACGAGAGGCCCACCCAUCGUGGAAACUGCACUCGAGAGAGGAGGCGCGUAAUGGCCGAUUGAACGGACAACACCAGAGGGCAGUCGAUAACGUGGGAAGGUUGGCGAAGAAGUGGGCUCGCACAGGCUGUAUGGUGCAAGUAGAUGGGUGGUCUGACCGGCGGGGAAGACCACAAGUAAACGUCAUGGUGUCCUCUCCCAUCGGCACCGUCUUUUGGAAGUCGGUAGCCGGAAAGGACAAAGACGCCAGUGCGUACUACAAAAUACUAACCACUUCGAUUGAGGAGAUUGACCCAAGAAGCGUGGUUGGGGUAAUCAUGGAUAAUGUUCGGGUUUGUGUGAAGGCCGGGAAGUUGGUGGAGAAAAAAUACCCGUGGAUAUUCCGGGUGGGUUGCACGUCGCAUGCCCUUGACCUCGCAUUGAAGGACAUGGACAAGCGCAUUCCGUGGUUUGCGAAAACUGUAAAGAGGGGGAAUGUGCUGGGGAAGUUUGUGAUGAACCACGACAAGGUUCGAGCACUCUUCCUGACCAAAUCGAAUGGUGUGCAGAUUAAGAAGCCUGGCGUCACUCGAUUCGCGACCAACAUCAUCAUGUUGCAGUCGCUGUGGGACAGGAGAAACGCCCUGAAAUUGACUGUGGCUGCCAGCGGCGGGGUGGAGAAGGCCUUGAGGACCACGGACCCCAUCGUGACGCUACUGAAGCUUGUCGAUGGUCCGGGCGCAACAGUCGCCAAGGUUUAUCAUCGAAUGGAUUGUGUGGUGGAGUCGAUUCGCAAGUUGGACAUCUUGACAGACUUCGAGAAGGCAGAGGUCGAGUCGAUCCUCAUGGAGCGAUGGGCGUUCAUGACUUCAGAGUUGCACUGUGCAGCAGCCUUCUUGGACCCGGAGUACAGAUCGCAGGGCUCCUUCAAAGACACCGAGAUCCGAGCCGGGUUCAACAUAUGGUUGUACACGUGGUGCACGAACGAGAUGUUCGAUGACAUGAGCUGGCAGGUUGACGAGUGGGUGAAUUUGAGGGGGGGCUUGGAAUCAGAGGAAGCUUUGUGCGCAGCACGCACCAAGACCCCGGCGAUGUGGUGGGAUGCGUUUGGCUCGCGGCUGCAUCUUUUGCAGCCCCAAGCGAUCAGACUGUUGGGCCAGGCAAGCUUUUCCGCGGCAUGCAAACGCAACUGGAGUCUGCAUGAGCUCGUUUUCGGCAGGAGGAGGAGGAAGCUUAUGCCCACCCGCCUAUCAAAGCUCGUCUACAACAAUUGGAACCUCCACCUGCAGUGGAGGCAAGAGCACGGUUGUGGUGUGGAUGAUGUCCGCAUUUCGUGGGUGGAGGAAAUGCCGGAUGCCGAGUUGAAGGAGGAGGCAGAGCAAUUUUACAAUGAAUGGGUGAAACGAGUGACGAACAGCACACCGAGUGGCGAGAAUGACGCAUCGAAGGAGGAAGACGAGUCUGAGGACAACGGCGACGGCGAGGAAGUGCCUAUGGCAAGGAGGUGGUUGCGCAAUGACGAGGUGGACAAUGCAAUGGACCAGGAGGAGGGCCUUGCGCACAUAGAUAAGUACACAAAUGACUGGCACUUCAACACUCGACCGGGGAGGCAGCUGGAGCGUGCCUUGCGAAGGUUGUCGGGCCAUCAGCGCCCAGCACCUGAAGUGCGAUAUAACAAGGACCGGGAGCUGGCGCUGCGGGCUCGAGAGACGGGCGAUUGGGUGGAGGGUCGAAAGGAAGACGGAAGCAGCAGGCAACGUAAAGUGUGGUGCGGUGACGAGUGUCGUCGUGAUGGUAAACAUGUUGCGGAGGAGGUCAUUGCACCUCCAGAGAAACGGAGGAGAGGGCGGCUGACCAACAAAGAGGUCGCAGCAAGAAAAGCAGCAAUGCGAGCUGAGAAGAGAAAGGCAGCGGUGGAGGCAUUAAGAAAAAAGAAAACCGCUGCAAAGAAAAAAGCAGCAGCAAAAACAAGAAAGAGGGACGACAUCAUCGACGAUGACAGCACGGAAGCAUGUUCGUCGUCUUCAAAUUCAUCAGAGGAAGGGGAUGAUGAAGAUCAUGAUCCCAUCGACGGAGAACCGCGGAGUGCUGAGGAGGGAACUGAGCACUAGGAGGAGGAGGAAGACGAGGAGGAGGAGGAGGAAGGCGAGGAGGAAGACGAGGAGGAGGAGGAAGGCGAGGAGGAAGAGGAAGGGGAGGGGGAAGAGGAAGGGGAGGAGAAAGAGGAAGGGGUCGCAGAGGAAGAGGGUGAGACUUCUGCACGGGGAGGUGCAGAGGAUUAGGAAACUUAGGCCGAGUUGAUGCUGCUGACUGCAAAGUUCGCAGUUUCGCAGUUUAUCUUUUGAUGUUUGGUUAAACUUGGAACAAAGUAAGAACUGUGAA